GGAUCGAGGCAAUUGGCAGGCUUAUGGGUGCCAAACCUAGUUGCGGAAGUCACCGUUACGGCACCACCUCACUCAAGCCAUAAACUACUGUUAUAAGUGCGAUUCGUUUCGGGUCGGCCGGUUGCCGCCUCAAAGCUUCAAACAACUCCAUACGUCGGCCAGAAGAGCCCGGCGGCGCUACGAUGUACGGCGCCGAGCCGGCGGAGUCGGAGCGGACCGCGUUUCGGCGGGCCGAGAAGCGAUACAAGCUCUACAAGACUCCCAACCCCAAGUCCAGGAAGAAGCUGACGCACAGGACCACCGAUCUGUCGGACGUCGUUGAUUUCCACUCUAUUCUCCAAUCCUUUGAGCGGAGCGGAGAUCCCCCUCCGGGGAUUUAUGGAUUCCAAUGCCCUGGUUUCAAUCGCCCCGUCUUCUGCUUUGCUGAUCGACCUGGAUUUUAUUUUAUUCCAAGUGCAUUGACUGUUGAAGAACAAUGCCACUGGAUCAGAGAGAGUUUGACAACCUUUCCUCAGCCUCCAAAUAGAACUAGUCUAACUGCCAUAUAUGGUCCUAUUGCUGACCUAUUUGAUGCUGCUCAAAACCAGAAAGUUUUGAUUGAAACAAAAAGUUUAGCUGCAGAUAUUGAACAUGAAACGAAGAAUGGUGAAAACAGUCUGCAUACCUCUAAGUACAUAUUUUCUGAAGCACCUGACGAUGCUCGUAGAGGGGAGUCAUGCAAACCAAUUGCGGCAUCAGUUCUCUUGCAAAAACUCCGCUGGAGCACUCUUGGUUUACAAUUUGACUGGUCUAAGCGCAACUAUGAUGUGUCUCUCCCCCACAACAAGAUACCAGAUGCACUCUGUCUGCUUGCUAAAAAAAUGGCUGUACCUGCCAUGUCAUCAAGGGAAGAGUUUCAGCCAGAAGCUGCAAUAGUAAACUAUUUUGGUCCAAGUGAUAUGCUUGGUGGUCACCUUGAUGACAUGGAAGCAGAUUGGAGUAAGCCUAUAGUGAGCAUAAGCCUGGGCUGCAAAGCUAUCUUUCUCCUGGGAGGAAAAUCUAGAGAGGAUAACCCAAUAGCCAUGUUCCUGCGCAGUGGCGACAUUGUGCUUAUGGCUGGGCAAGCAAGGGAAUGCUUCCACGGAGUACCACGAAUCUUCACAGGUGAUGAACAUGCAGAUGUUGCUACUCUCUUGUCACAUUUUUCUGACAAAGAUAACUGCUGCUUCAUGGAUUACAUCAGAUAUUCAAGAAUAAAUAUCAACAUCAGACAGGUCAAUUAGAUUCAGUUAUUGUGAUUCCUACAUUAGAACAUUCAACUAUUUCCAUCAUUAGGCAAUAUACCAAUUUGAGUGUUAGAUAGAGUUGUUUAACUUCUUCUUGAAAAUGGGAAGAAGAAAGUGGUGAAGAAAUUGGGAUAGGAGAGAAGAGAAUAUUUGUCCUUUUUACGACUUGCCCAUGCCUUUCAAUUUGGGGAUAUGAACUUGGAACAGUUAAUUGGGAGAA